GGCAUGGUCGAAAUUUUCUUAAACGUGAGGGCCAUUUUGGUGAUAGUCCAUGUAUAUAAUAAUUUUCACACACUAACACCCGCCAUAUUCCAUCCUUCUCUCCCCCACAAUCUUUUUCACACAUUCAACCCAAAAACAAACACACUUUUUUUUCUCUAACCUCACUACAACAUUCAUCCACCAUGGCUAUGGCUUUCAAGAUGGCGACGACGGGAAUGUGGGUGACGGAUGAAUGCAAGAACUCGUUCAUGGAGAUGAAAUGGAAGAAAGUUCAUCGGUACAUAGUGUUUAAGAUCGACGAGAAGUCGAAACUUGUGAUGGUCGAUAAAGUUGGAAGUGCUAGCGAAGGGUACUCAGAUCUUGAAGCUUCUCUGCCUGGAGACGACUGCCGCUAUGCCGUCUUUGAUUUUGAUUUUGUCACCGUUGAUAAUUGCCAUAAGAGCAAGAUCUUCUUCAUUGCAUGGGCUCCAAAUGCAUCAAGAAUAAGAGCAAAGAUGCUAUAUGCUACAUCAAAAGAUGGAAUAAGAAGAGUAUUGGAGGGCAUCCAUUAUGAACUUCAAGCAACAGAUCCAACUGAGAUGGGAUUUGAUGUCAUUCAGGAUAGAGCCAAAUAAUUAAAUAUGAAUGGUUACUUACUAAUGAAGACCAAUUAACCUGAACAAUAUGUUACUUUCAUCAAGUUGGUUAAAUAUGUGAUUGAUCACCUUAUAAUGGAUUACAUGAUAAAGGUCUUUUUGGUAAAUAACCUUAGACUAUGUUAUUAUGUUUUCUUUAACUCUAAAAGAGGGCAUAAGAUUGGAUCCUAAAUAAUAUAUAAUUAGGCCCACCACAUCAUGUUUUUGGCCUAUUAUAUCUUUAAUAACUCAAUUAUAGAACUGUCUCUUGUUCUUAUCACUAGAUCGAUGUUAAUUAUUGUACUAAUGAUGUGACUUCAUGUACUAAUCGUGUAGCAACUUUUCUCCUUGUUUAUUCUAAUGUAAUGGCAAAGGGUCCUUUCUAUCACUUCCCUA